AUGAGGGAGACCCCAAGAAGGCUGCGAGUUUACCUCCUGCGCCAGCUGGCAGUGCUGCUCCGCCUGGAGGAGCCCUCCCAGGAGAUCUCCAUCCUGGCUUUCCUCGUGGAGCUUGUGGAUUGCCCGGACCUUUGCGAAGACAAUGCUCAUAUCCUGCUGCUCCUUGCGAGGUAUCUGGAGCGUGGCAGCCAGGUGAUACGUGGACUGGUGCUCAGAGGCCUCAUCCUGCUAUGCGACAGGCCGCAGACGGUAAGAGAAAUGCGCUUCCUGCUGCCACUCAUCAUGGAGCAACUGCGGGAUGCGGACAGCGACAUCAGCACUAAGGCCCUGGUGGUGCUGCGACACGUGGUGCACGUCAUGGGCGAGGAGACGGUGGCCAGCAUUGCUCCGCAGCUGUCCGCGGAGCUCCUGCUGCUCUUUGAUGCCGACGCUGUCCAGGUGCGAGUGCUCUCCACGCGGCUCUUCAGAGAUGUGCUGGCGAUUGUGCUGGGCACCAAAGACCAGCAGCUGCAGAAGCAAGUGCGCAGCAGCCUGCUGCCACUGCUCUUCCACAUGGAGGACGAGAGCUGCAGCGUGCGCCAGGCCUCUCGGGAAGCCCUCCUUCGCGCUGCCAACUUCCUCAAGUGGAAGCAGCUCAGGCAGCUGGUUGAGACAGCGCAGACGUGGAGGAUCGGCGAGUGCCUGCUGGUGAGGGCCAGAAGAGCAGAAGAGUACCUGCACCAGAGCCUGACAUACUUGGAGAGCCCACAGGAGUCCUUGCGAGAGGCAGCCGUGAGGUUCACUGGGCUUGUCGGGCAGCACCUGAGGGGCCGGAGCAAGGAGAAGCUGGAGGACAUCUACAGGGCGCCUUGA